AUGCGUCCAGAUGCAGAAAAGGACGCUGUCGAAGUCAAAUAUGUCCACGGGUAUCCGACGCUCGCAGCUUUCAUAGCAAGCGAUCCAGGUCACAGUACCGCAAUAUAUCGACGCUUUGAUUUCUUGUCGGCGAGAACCCUAUUGCUCCUACAAAGCGAGCUUGUUGAGCUUGAAGCGCAACUUCGGGUCCUAGACCAGGAGGACCUGCAAAAUGAUGAUGAGGAAGUCACCGAAUGUGCGAGAGACUGGAACGUUUUUGAGGAAAAAGCGAAAGUUGCGCAUUCGAGAGCAGAAAAGAGAAUGCAACUCUCGCUCCUUAUCCGGGCCAAGCUCAAGGAAUACAGUGAAGCAAACUCGAUUUCGCAAGACGAAUUGAACUGA